AUGGCGAAGCAAUUCUUCGUUCCUGCCCAUGUCGACCCUUCGCUUUUCGUCAUCAAUGAUGCCCUCCUCGGCACGGGCGGGAUCGGCUACACCAUCUGCUACAUCCUCAUGACGCGUCAAUCGAUCCGCGACCGCACAUACGCGAUGCCCAUAUUCUCCUUAGCCUUCAAUUUCGCAUGGGAGAUUAUCUUCUCUAUCUUCGUCGCCGACGCGGCUCGUGAGAAGGCCGUGUUUGGCCUAUGGAUGCUUAUAGAUCUCGGACUCGUGUAUGCUGUUGUCCAGUAUGGCGCAAAUGAGUGGCGGCACGCACCAGCAGUAGGCAAGAACAUUGGAAAGAUUUUCGCGGGCAUGUUGGCAUGGUGGUGCAUUGCGCUGUACUCCCUAAGCAUCUGGUGGCUGAACCCGGCGGAUCCUGUGAAUCCGAAAGAUGGCAAGGCGUACAAGGGUAUUAGAGGUAUUGAUGCGGAUGAGUUGGGGUUUUGGACCGCGCUUGUCGACCAGGUUGUCCUGAGUGUAAUGUCUCUCGCCCAAAUCAUCAUUAGAGGCAACAGCGGCGGGUCUUCAUAUGGCAUCUGGCUCACGAGAUUCGUUGGAAGCUUAGCUGGCCUCAACAUGAACUACGCGUACUGUUGGUGGAUGUGGCCGGAAGCGCAUGGCUACGUGGUCAUUCCUAUCGUGGUUUUGAUGAUGGUCACUUGGGUUAUAGCAGAUCUGGCAUACCUAGUUGUCUUAUAUCACGUCAGACAGACUGAAGUGGUGCUUGGAGACGGACGAAAGGUUAGGGCAGACCAAGACUUCUUUUAUACAAACAACAACAACAACUUCUCGACCUUAUUUGGCAUGGCAUCAUAUUCUGACCGUGAUGAAGAAGACCUCAAAUUAGCUCUGGCGUUGUCCAUGCAGCAGAGCCCACCGAAAGAUGCGGAUCGCCUAGGAGCGAACAACGAGGCGGUUGAUCUCACAUCUGAUACAGAAGAGGAAGACGACGAUAUGCGCCGAGCGAUUGCAAUGUCGCUCCAAGAGUGCCGGAAGUCCAGCAGCCCAAGACCACCCAAAACGCAAAGUCAAUCACACACCACUUUGUCAGAACAAAGAGCGAGCCAUGAAAUACCAAGUCUGCCAACGACACGCACCGCGUCUGGCUCUGCAGCACCGAGUGGCCAAAUGGGACUGUCAGGUCUGGACCGAAAAGCCAUGGAAGAAGCGCGCCUCGCAAGAUGCGGCAAGAGAAAACGAGACCCUUCACCAGACCAGCCGCACAAGCAGAUUGCGAGCACAGCUCCGGCUCAGAGCAGGCAACCGACCACCUUCGACUCUAAUCCGAAACAUGGCAGGGAAUUGCAAUACCCUCGAGGAGCAAUCAAGCGUACUUUUGCCACCGGGUUUCCACGUACAAACGACAUUACCAUCGACGAAGUGUUGCAGGCCGAGAGCGUCAAUAUUGCAGUGGUUAGCUCAUUCAUGUGGGAUUCGGAAUGGCUCAAUAAGAAGCUUAGUCCACUCAAAGUCAAGCAAAUCUGGAUUAUGAAUGCCAAGAGCCAAGAUGUACAGCAACGAUGGGUACGCGAGAUGGAAGAUGCUGGCAUCCCGAAUUUGAGGAUCCAUUUCCCGCCUAUGGGCGGUCUCAUACACAGCAUGCAUAGCAAAUUCAUGCUACUAUUUGGCAGGGACAAAUUGCGUCUUGUCGUACCCACCGCAAACAUGACUCCUAUGGACUGGGGCGACAAGGUCAACAAUUGGCAGCCCGGAGUCAUGGAAAAUUCAUUGUUUUUGGUGGACUUGCCACGAAGAAGCGAUGGAGUUAUGGGGAAGAAGCAGGACUUGACGACGUUCGGCAAAGAGUUGGUAUGCUUUCUGGAGAAGCAAGAACUUGACAAGAAAGUGAUUGAAGGCGUGCUCAAGUUCGACUUCACUCAGACAGAUCAUCUGGCUUUUGUUCAUGCCAUCUUAGAGGAGCAGUCAAUAACAUGCACCAGCGGUGGAGUACACAAAGGCGAGCAGCAGCAGCUGUCUACAGGUCUUCCUGGGCUUGCGAAAGCUAUCCGAGACGUGCAUUUGGAUGAUGUGAAGGAGAUUGAGCUAGACUAUGCUUCCGCUUCUCUGGGUGCCAUCAACGAUAACUUUUUGCAGCGCAUAUAUCUCGCAGCACAGGGCAAGCCUCUGACCACCACCUCUGCGGUCUCACAAGUACGAAGACACUUUCGUAUCUACUUUCCAACGGACGAUGCCGUUCAAAACAGCAUAGGUGGCCCGGACUGCGGUGGUAUCAUCUCGCUGAGCAGCCAUUACUACAAUGCUGCAACAUUCCCACGCGAGUGUCUUCGUAACUAUGACUCAACCCGACGAGGGAUGCUAUCGCACAACAAGCUACUGUUCGUGCGAGGCAUCAAGAAUGAUGGCCGACCUUUUGCGUGGGUAUAUGUUGGCUCGGCGAACAUGUCUGAGUCGGCUUGGGGCGCGCAAAAGGUGCUGAAGAGUGGUCAAACGGGCAGCCUCAAUAUUCGAAAUUGGGAAUGUGGAGUGCUGAUGCCAGUGCCGAACGAAAAGAUGGCAGACAUGAAGCUGAACGAUGGAGCGAUACCGCCAAUGAGUGUCUUCAGGGGAACCGUCGAGGUGCCUUUCGUCUGUGCGGAUCCGCUAUACGGGCAAUACGGCGACAAGCAGCCCUGGUUCAGGGUCGUCGGAUGA